AUGUCUGGCUCUGAUUCGCAACCACAGACUCAGAAUGGGAUCAAGCACAUCACAGUGCUCGGGGCUGGUGUUAUAGGGUUGACCACUGCGCUGAAGAUUCAGCAAAAGGGAGGGUAUCAAGUGACUGUUAUUGCACAGGAUUUUCCGACGGAUCCAAAGACUGUGACUUAUGCCAGUCUGUCUGCGGGUGCUCAUCAUGUCAGCGUUGCUGGGGACGAUGUCGCUCAGAGAAAAAUCGACAUUGAAACGUUCAAAACGAUGUGGGAUCUAUCCUCUCCCGAGGGCGACGCACCAGGCUGCUUCAAAAGAUUAAAGCAGAAAGAAUUCCAUCGCGAGCCAACAAACCUCGACACGUUGAGUCUCAUGCCAAACUACACCGAACUAGGCAAGGAUGAACUCGUCCCAGGCGCCAUCUCCGGGAUCACAUACGACUCUGUGAACACCGACGCGCCUAUCUUCCUGAACUACCUCCUCUCCACCUUCCUCGCCAGCGGCGGCCACAUCGUCCGCGGCUCCGUGCUGCACAUCAACCAGGUCAUCAACGGCGGCCCCGGCGCCUUCGCGGAACCCGACGCGCACGUCCGGUUCCCUCUCCCAGAUGCCGUCGUUGUGUGCCCUGGGCUCGGCGCGAGGUAUUUGGGCGGUGUCGAGGACACGGACGUGUAUCCUGUGAGAGGGCAGACUGUGCUGCUCAAUGCACCCUGGGUCGACUUUUGCAUGUCGCUUAGUGGAGGCCCGGGCAAGAUCUGGACGUAUGUUAUUCCGAGGAGGAGCGGGAAUGUGAUCAUUGGUGGGACGUAUGAGGCGGAUGACUGGCACCCGCGUCCGAGACCGGAGACGACACGGGAUAUCCUGGAACGUGUUCUCGAGAUCUGUCCCGAAAUCGCUCCCCCAGAAAUCAGGGCGCAGAGGAAACCUACGGUCGACGACAUCCUUCCUAUUAUCGUUGAAGAAUCAUGCGGGCUCCGGCCAUGUAGGAAGGGAGGUGUGAGGUUGGAGUCGGAGUGGCUGCAGACUUCCACACGACGCGUCCCUGUUGUACAUAACUAUGGCCACGGUGGCUUUGGGUACAUUGCCUGCUAUGGCUCGGCAUCCGUCGCUCUCAAACUUUUGGAAGAAGCUCUUGCUCAAUGA